ACAGCAUUUAUUUAUAUAUAUUUCCGUUUGGAGUUCCGUUCAGGUCCCUUCGCAACUCCAUUUCCCGUCGUGCACCGCGGCAGGGCGGAGAGGACUUCCUUCCUUGUGAACAUGGCGGCUCCGUUGACGCUGCUGCUGCUGGUCGCCGUGACGGUCCGCGCCGCGCUGUACCGGUCCGGCCUGGCGGAGCUGAUCUCGGAGCGCGUGGAGGUGGUGUCCCCGCUGACCGCCUGGAAGAGAGGUAAGCCCGGGAGAGAGUUUCCACAUGUUGCCUUCUCCCCUCAGACGCCUCUCAUCAUCUACCUGUUCCACUUCCUGGUGGACUACGCAGAGGUCACCUUCAUGCUGGCAGACGUGAUCACCGCUGUGGCUCUGUACCUGAGCGUGAAGGACUACAACAAACAAGUGUUCCGGAAGCAGAAGUUCGCCCUGGAGGCCGACCGCUACCCGCUGGACUGCCUGGAGCUCAUCAGGAGCCCCAAGGAGAUGCAGUACAUCCCCCUGAAGGUGGCCAUGUUCUACCUGCUGAACCCGUUCACCAUCCUGUCCUGCGUGGCCAAGUCGACGUGCGGCCUGAACAACGCCGUCAUCGCCCUCUUCGUGCUCGCCACCAUCAAAGGAAACGUGCUGCUGAGCGCCAUCUUCCUGUCUCUGGCCACGUACCAGUCCAUCUACCCGCUCACGCUGUGCGCCGCCGCGCUGCUCUACCUGCUGCAGCGCCAGUACAUCCCGGUGAACCUGCGGCGCUUCAGCUUCUGGUGGUUCGUGGCCCAGUACGCCUUCAUGUACCUGGGCAGCCUCUUCGUCAUCGUGGGCCUCUCCUUCUUCCUGCUGGGCUCCUGGGACUUCCUGCCCUCCGUCUACGGCUUCAUACUCUCCGUCCCGGACCUGACCCCCAACGUCGGCCUCUUCUGGUACUUCUUCGCCGAGAUGUUCGAGCACUUCCGCCUCUUCUUCCUGUGCGUGUUCCAGAUCAACGUCUUCUUCUACACCGUGCCGCUGUCCAUCAAGCUCAAGGAGCAUCCGGUGUUCCUGAUCUUCAUGCAGCUGGCUGUGAUCUCCAUCUUUAAGUCGUACCCCACGGUGGGAGACAUCGCCCUCUACAUGGCCUUCCUCCCCGUCUGGAGCCACCUGCACCGAUUCUUGAGGAACAUCUUCUUGGUGUCCUGCGUCCUGCUCGCCUGCUCCGCUCUGUUCCCGGUGCUCUGGCACCUCUGGAUCUACGCCGGCAGCGCCAACUCCAACUUCUACUACGCCAUCACGCUGCUGUUCAACGUGGCGCAGAUUCUGCUGGUGUCGGAUUACUUCUACGCCUUCCUGCGGAGGGAACACCACCUCACCUACGGCCUGUACCUGAAGAGGAAAGACGGCUCCGAGGCCACGCUGGUGCUGAAGUAAAGACAUGUCGCCUCCUGCAGGACGGAGGAGGAUCAGCUGAGGCCUCGCUUUGGUCCUCGAAGGGAACCGACACCAACGGAGGAGGAUCAGAGACUUCCAGAGUCCUGGUCCUCAGGAGGUCUGUCUGGUCCGACGUCGUGUGCAAAGAAGUCCCAACGCACGACCUGACGGACAGACGCAGAAAUACCACAAGCAACAACUCGACAUCUGUUUUCUGCGCUCUUAUUUUGAAGCCUCACCUUUUUCACCUUGAAUCUGCGGCUGCAAGGGUGACCUUUUAUUUUGAAGUCUUUUGGGCAGCUUUUAUUUUGUAGCACCAACUCUCACGUUGUUUGUGUUUCGUGUUUACCAGAUUAUAUUUUGUGGUGGGGAAAUAUUUUAUUGUCUGGAAGCUUUGUUUGAUCUCUAAUGAGCAAAUUCCACAUUUUCAGUGUUGCACGUCUGACAACAACAACAACAACGACGACAAUGAGCGCGGUCCAGCCGCUGUCCGACUUGUUCUUUAAAUCGAGGAUUCACAUGAACCACGUUUUCAAGUAGGAAACUGUUUUUUACCAUUCUGUCCGACGGGACUCAAACGCCUCAUUCUACUGGUGGUGUGUCCAAACAGGAAGUACUACUCGUGUACAUAAUACUCCUUCAUAGUAUUCUGCGUACUUUAUCUCUUUAGAUCAAAUCUUCAACGGUUUUCUUCUCUGCAGUUUAUUUAGGGUUCUUGUGCUUUUGCAAUGCAUUGUGGGGGAAUGUUGUCCCGACAUGCUGCUUGGGAUGAGUGCGACAACAAAGACUGAACAGGAAGUUCAUGUUUUCCUUCAGUCUAAACUAUUUAAAAAGGAUUACCUCCCUUAAAAUAAGCCUUACACAGACUCUGAUGUUUUACGGAUGAAUGAUUUUGUUUCGUAAUUGUGAAAAUAAUUAUAUAAUUUACAACAAAUCUCACAAAGUGAUCCGGUGAAGUUACGCCGACAUCAGCGGUUAUUUAUUUGGUGAAAUGACGUACGAAACUCAAACUAUAACCGUUUUAAUCCGCUUUGAUACCAAUGAGUGAAAAGAUGUGAUAUUUAUUUAUUUGCUGCACUGAACUAUUUCUCUUUGAUUCUUUCCACUUUAAUUCUGUUUUUGAUACUGUACAUACGAGGGUUCUGUUUUUGUUACAGAUAAUAAAAUGCAAAGGUUUAAUGGG